CCCCGCCCCACCACCUUGUCCCAACCCCCUCCCAUGGGGUCUCAUGUGUGUCCAGCUCAAACCCAGAUUAAAAUACUCCCUGAAAAGAAGAAGCACACAGAUUAAACUAAACCAUUCUCGCAGGACACGAGCGAGAAGGAGAGAAGAGUGGCGCUGCCCGAUCCGGCCUCCACACAGCAGCGGUGGCGAGGGAGAUCUUUCAAAUCUCCCCGGAAAUCCGCCGCAUUGCUCGAGACCCGCGGCCUUGCCGCCCCGCCUGCCGGACUCCGGCGCAGAUUUGGGGCGCGUUCGAUCCGGAUUGGCGCUCCUCCUCCUCCUCCUCCUGCUUCUGCUUUGCCUCGGUGUACCCUCGCCGGAGCGUAGCUGAUCUGCCUGCCAGCCGUGGCCCGCUCCAGAGAAUGCCGGCAGUCGACUUCCCUUGAGAGGGAAACCCGGACGGUUCGGUUUUUAAAGGUUCCAUCAGUCGAGAAACAGAUAAAUUAUCUGCUGGGUUUCUUUAGGAAAUGCAGUUACGACUUGAGAGGCAAUAAAAGUACUCAGGGAAUUGUUGGUGUGUGGUUGGCUGACUCAUUCUGAUAAGCAAUCUUGGUGAUGUUGGGUCUUUAGAACCUAUUUGUAUCGAGCAAACCAGAAGGAUUAAUUGGUUGGUGCUUCUUUUUAGUCUGCCACUACGUCUCUGGUUCUUCAAUUAUGACAGCCAUGGCUGAAGGGUGUGUUGGUCCUAGUGAGCUUCACUUGAAGAAAGAACUUACUGCCUUGCGAAAGGCACGGUUCCUGCGUGAUCCUGAAACAUGCUCAUCCUGGAGGGGGCCAUUGAGUUCUAGAUCAUGCAUGACAAGUUCUAGCAUUAUAAAUCACAAUGAGUUUGUCGGUAAUUUGACACAAAAGUACACUGGGCCAUCCGUCGGGCCUCUGAAAAGUGAAAAGAAAAGGAAAAAUGUUUAUCUUUACAAUUGGAGGCAUCACUCUAACAAAUCCAGUGAAAGUGGGAUAAAUUUUGAUCAGGAUGACAGGAGCCUGGAAAGCCCAUGCAUUUCUAAUGUUAUGGACUCUAGGAGUGACACAUGUCUGGAGGUUCCUGUUAGCAUAUACAGUGUCCAAGGCUCAAACUCAGGCACUCCUGUUAAAAGAACUAUUAGGAGGGUGAGGAGGAGUUCAUUCUCAAAGAAGGGAGCAAUGCGAAACUCAACAGUUUCAAAGCUGCUAGAUCUCCACUCUGGUGAGCAGUCUGAGGAUACUGAGACUUAUAACUCAGAGAAUCAUGAGCUGCUUCAGAAGGGCGGCUACUUUUCUCGAUCAACAUCACCUUUGUUUGCUGCUUCUGGAUGUCUCAGCUCAUCAAAUCCCUCUAAGCUGUUGAAAAUGGCAAGAGAAGGAUCUUCCUUUUCUUGCACUCCGGUCUCCACUAGCUCUUAUUACAGGUACAGAGGCAGGAAUCCCAGCACUGUCGGUUCAUGGGAUGCAACAACUGCUGCUUCACUUGAUGACGAUGGGCUGAACCAACAAGCACCGCUGAGAAGUCAAAGGUGUGGUAUUCCAUAUUGGUCAAAGGGGAGUAAACAAAGAAGCUGUUCUCCUUCACUAUCUGAUACACUUAGACGAAAAGGAAGCAGCCUAUUGUGUGGAAGUCAGACAAUGCACAGAAGGAAGAGAUCAUCUGGCUCCAACAAAUGUGGAUAUCUUAAAAAAUCUUCCCAAGGCGAGCCACUCUUGGGUGAUAGUUGCCAUUUUUCUUACUCGUCAUUUGAUUCAGCAAGCGAGGGAGUUUCAACCAUAUUUGGAGAACUAGAUUUAGAAGCUUUGAGCCGGCUGGAUGGCAGAAGGUGGUCAAGCUGUAAAAGCCAGGAUGGGAUUGCUGUGCCUUUGAGUGGAGCUGAUCAUGCAGUUUCAGACCAGAGAAGCUUGAGCCAGAAGUACCGUCCAAGAUCAUAUCAUGAAAUCGUUGGUCAAAACUUUGUGGUACAAUCACUUAGUAAUGCCAUCAUAAGGGAGAGAAUAGCCCCAGCAUACCUGUUUCAUGGGCCUCGUGGAACAGGAAAGACUUCUGCUGCGAGAAUCUUUUCAGCAGCUUUAAGUUGCACUGCUGAUGGAGAGAAUAAGCCCUGUGGGGUUUGUAUGGAGUGUAAUGACUUUUUCUCUGGAAAUGGAAUUAAUCUAAUUGAAGUUGAUGCUAGCAAUAGAAAAGGUAUAGACAGAAUUAGGCACUUGAUUGAAAAUAUACCAGCAUCAGCAACUUCUUCACGAUACAAGGUGUUUGUUGUUGAUGAAUGCCAUAUGGUAUCUUCUAAAGUCUGGUCAGCAUUCAUGAAAUUUCUUGAUGAACCAUUACCUCAUGUUGUAUUUAUAUUCAUAACCAUAGACCCUGAAAACCUUCCUCGUGCUGUCAUAUCACGUUGUCAGAAAUACAUGUUUUCAAAGAUCAAAGAUAUUGACAUAGUCUGCCGGUUGAGGAAAAUUGCUGUGAAGGAAACUCUUGAUAUCGAAUUGGCAGCUUUAGAUUUGAUAGCACUAAAUUCAGAUGGAUCGCUAAGAGAUGCAGAGACAAUGUUAGAUCAGCUGAGUUUGCUAGGGAAGAAGAUUACACCGUCACUUGUAAAUGAUCUGGUUGGGGUUGUUUCAGAGGAGAAUUUGCUUGAUCUUCUAGAGAUAGCCAUGUCAUCAGACACUGCUGAAACAGUCAAAAGGUCAAGAGAACUGAUGGAUUCUGGGGUUGAUCCGAUGGCAUUAAUGUCUCAAUUAGCUGGGCUCAUAAUGGACAUCAUUGCUGGGACCUAUAGAUUAGCUGACCCUACGUGCGGUGAAGGAAUUGGUGGUCGAAAUAUAACUGAUGCCGAGUUAGAAAGAUUACAACAAGCAUUGAAGAUUCUUUCUGAUGCUGAAAAGCAGAUAAGACUUUCCAGUGAGCGUUCAACAUGGUUCACUGCUGCUCUGCUCCAGCUUGGUUCUGGACAUGAUUCAGAAAUAACCCAUUCAAGAAGCAGCAGUAAACAAAGUGCUAAAGCAGCCAGUGAGACAAUGUUGGAAGCAGUAAGAGAAUCCUCUGCAAGCAGGAGUGUGUCUCAUCCUCUAUUUACUAUUCGCGGUUCAAGGAAAACAUUGGACCACAGAACAGCCAGUGGGCACUCCAGUCCUCAUGAUCUUGCUUCACUAUCUUCCCGGAUGAGGCCCAGUGACAACUUAAGUUAUGGAGAAUGUAGAUCUGUUGAUAGAGUUCUACUGGAUUCUGCUCAAGCAAGUAAUUCUACUGAGCAAAAGCCUAUAAUUAAUGGAAGCUCAGACCUUGUCCAAAUUUGGCGAAAAUGCAUAGAUAAUUGUCACUCAAAGACGUUGCAGCAGCUACUCUCUGAUCAUGGGAAACUAACAUCCAUCAAAGAAUUUGAAGGCUAUUUAGUUGCUUUCAUAUCAUUUGAGGACAGCAAAAUAAUGUCUCGUGCCCAAAGAUUUGUGAGUAGCAUCAGAAAUUCGAUGGAGACAGCACUGAGAUGCAACGUGGAAGUCAGAGUUGGUUUAAUGUCUGAAUUUCUUGCUGGACGACUCAAGCUUGAGGUGGACCUGGAAGAAAGAGCUGAGCCUGAUGUCUUGAGUUGCUCAACAAACAGUGACCGAUUAAAGGGAAUUCUGAACGCCCCAAGAAGCUUAGGUUAUUCUGAAGAGAUCGAAAAAAACCCGGAGAAAUACGGCAAUACUUCAGCUGCUGGUGGAGGGGUGCAGUCAGACGUCACUGAAGGAAAUGCAGGAAUGCAUAGGGCUAGAGGGCAAGGUGUCCCCGCUGAUCGGUCAAAAGCAGUAACUGUUGAGGAGCAAAGGUUAGAGAGUGCAUGGCUCCAAGCUGUUGAAAAACACACACCCGGGGCGAGACCUGAGAAAUAUCAAGUUGUGCCACAAACUGGUGGUGGUCAGUACCACAAGAAGUCCUCACUGGCCACUGUUGUGCCCUCAAGGAAUAUUGACAAGGAUUUGAGUAAUGGAUUGAAAGCUUUAAAGAUCAGUGAGAGUCAUGGUUCCCAGAAGGGUCAGAAUGUAGGAAUGGAGAAUGGAUUUGUGAUUUCACCAAGCCUCUUGCACAGUAAUAAUGAAUUGGCAAAUUGCGACAACGAGAGUGUGGUCUCCGAGUCUGGAGCACCAGGUUGUCAUGGCCUCUUCCCCUGCUGGAAAACUGAAAAAUCAAAAAGAAGAAAGGCAAAACGGCAGACUCGUUUGAAGCCAUCUUAAUCUGGGAAGUUAUAAAAUGACCACUGUCAUUCGAGCUGCGGAAAACAGUUGCUAAUACCAAGAGAACGCAAGGAACCAGUUGUCAUAUUAGGUCGCGGCUGUGACCUCGCCUGAUGCUCUCUGCUGAUGUAAGAUGGCUGCAUUUUCGUCACAACGACUUGGUAGAGCUCAAAGUAGAAGAACUGUGGACGGGAAUGCAAAUUUCAGAAAACUGAAGGGUAGUUGAUUGUUUACACCCUUCUUGUCGAUGCACCCUUCUUGUAUUGUUUACAGAACAUUUUGAUUUGCCCAGUGUUGCUCGCAAGCAUAGGAUAGUCGAUUGAAGAAGCUCAGUCUAGGUUUCUAGUGCAUUGUUUCUUGAUGAUAGUUGCUUUUAAUUCAAUGUAUUUGACUGCAUUUCAGUACACACCCCUUUAGUUAUUGUCGCAACUUUCUGUUAAUAAGAAAGAACCAAGAGAAUACAAAGUGCUUUGUUCUAACAA